CGUGGCUAUUAGUGGCAGAUGCACGGCCAAUGAGAUCGCGAGGAUUCCACUUCCGUGAACUUGACGUCAACGACGUUGUCCGUCCGCUGUACGCAAACACCAGUGCAGGCAGGGGGACAAGUUGGCUGGUGGUGGUGAAGAUGGCGGAUGGAGACAGCGGGAGUGAGCGCGGUGGUGGAGGCAGUAGUGGUGGUGGUGGUGGUGGUGGUGGUGGAGGAGGAGGAGGAGGAGGAGGAGGCGGCGGCGGUUUCUCGCAGUUCCAGCGGGAGCAAGAGACGCAGGAAUUGGCGUCAAAGCGCCUCGACAUCCAGAACAAACGUUUCUAUCUGGACGUCAAGCAAAACUCCAAGGGCCGUUUCAUCAAGAUCGCUGAGGUCGGCGCCGGUGGAUCGAAAAGUCGCCUGACCCUUUCCAUGUCCGUGGCUGCGGAGUUCCGCGACUACCUCGGCGAUUUCAUCGAGCACUACGCCCAGCUUGGGCCCAGUAGCCCCGAGCAGAUCGCGCAGUCCUCAGGGGGAGGCCCAGGAGACGACGGCGGCCCUCGGCGGGCUCUCAAAAGCGAGUUCUUGGUGCGUGAGAACCGUAAAUACUACCUUGAUCUAAAGGAGAAUCAGCGCGGCAGGUUCCUGCGCAUACGACAGACCGUGAAUCGAGGGCCGGGCUUUGGACUCGGAGGCCCCGGAGGCGGCGGAGCGCAAGCGGGUCAAACAAUCGCACUACCUGCGCAGGGCUUAAUCGAGUUCCGCGACGCGCUCGCCAAACUCAUCGACGAUUACGGUGGAGACGACGAGGAGCUAAGCGGCGGUGCAGGGGCUGGCGCGGCCUCAGGCGGUUACAGCGAGCUGCCUGAGGGCACCUCCAUCAUGGUGGACUCCAAGCGCUUCUUCUUCGACGUCGGCUCCAACAAGUACGGCGUGUUUCUGCGCGUGAGCGAGGUGAAGCCCAGCUACCGGAACUCCAUCACGAUUCCGUUCAAAGCCUGGAGUAAGUUCGGCGGCGCCUUCUGCCGCUACGCUGAGGAGAUGAAGGAGAUCCAGGAGAGACAGCGCGAUAAAAUGUUCGAGCGGAGAGACGAGUCCGAGGGAGAGGACGUGGAUGACGACUGAUGCUACACAAAGUUUAUUUAAAAAAAAAAAAAAAAAAAAAAAAAAACUGUAUGUAGUGCUCAUAUAAUGAGAUUCGGUUAAAAAAAAAAAAUUGUGCAGAAACGAGCGAAGAAAGUGCAUGACGAAUCGGACUUCAAAAUAGCCUACUCAAAUAUUCGUGGCGUGAUAUUCAUUUGACAGAAAAGAAAAAAAUGUAUAGCUCUGUGAAGUUUGUGUGAUGAGGAUAAACCGUAUAGAGCCAUCGGCCGAGUUAUGUUUUAUUCGGGGACAGUUAUGAUUUAUUAUAGUUCUAAACCAGCAAGUUUUAAUUGUCUAAGGUGACAGUUACUCUUUUAUAACACUAAUGCUGCUGAAAUAAAACACGCAGUCAAAUUCAAGCAAGAGAAAAGAAGGCAUAUUGGUCAGCAUAUUUCAAAAGAAAUGUCUUGACUUGCAUUCAUUAUAGUUUUGAUGGUUAUGGAAGCAAAAGACCAAUAACUCUGUCCAUAUGGACCAGAAGAAUAACACUGCUGUCACCUGCCCAUGAUGGGCUGUUUUCAUUUAAUAUAUAUGGGGAAGUCAUAGGAAUAUUCACAGAAUUAAACUGAAGACAAGUUAUAUACUAUACUAUAUGAAAAAAAAACAAAUUAGUGUAUGGGAAUGACAUAUGGAGGUGAUUUAAGAAAAAUAAAAUUCAUGAAAUACUUUGUGUUGAUUGGGGGAGUAGGGGGCAAAAAAAUAAGUUAUUUGCUUUGAGCACUGUCUUUUCAACUCUGGUCCAAAUUUGAAUGCCUAUAUUGGAGUUAAAGUUAUAUGUAACUUCUCGGUAGAUAUAAGGACCAGUUAAGGCAAUGAAACCACACUCCUUUUUUUUUUUUUAAUUUAAAGGACAAAACAAAAUCAGACAAGUCUUUUUGGUUGGUUCCUGUACCUUUUUGUUUGUUUAGAAUAAUAUAAAGGCAGAUUAUACGUUGACAGAAUUAACUGAACAAACCAGCAUAUUUUUAAUACCUAAAGUAGAACAUAUAUUAAAGCCUCCAAGGCAAAUUUUAUAAGAGAAAAGUAAUAUGGAAUUUGAAAAUAAUAUCUUUGUUUUGCAAAAGUUUGGAGAAUAUAUAUAUAUAUAUAUAUAUAUAUAUAUAUAUAUAUAUAUAUAUAUAUAUAUAUAUAUAUAUAUAUAUAAAAUGUGUGUAUGUGUAUAACUAAAGAAUAUUAAUGUUAUGUAAAUCUUGUUUCAGAUAUCAACCUUUUUUCCAGCACACCCUCAGAUUUUACAUUGUAUUUGCCUGUUUAAAUGACUUCAGUUAAAGGGAUAGUUCAACCAGACAAUGCUAACAGUGUAUAAAUAAUAAUAAUAAUAAUAAUAAUAAAAUAUUACUGGUUAGCAUUGGAUCAGUCAAAUAUUAGACCUAUUGGAUUGAACUUGCUCUUUAAGUAAACAGUGAUAGCACUCAAAGUUAGCAAGCUAUCCUGUAUUAAUUGUGGUGUUGUGCAUGCUUUCCCCAUAUUGUUGUUUAUUUAAUUUAUUAAGUUCUUUAAACAUGGUAUAUGUAGCUAUGUUGACGCUACGAUGAUGUUGUUUUUUUUUAUUGUUUGUCUUUUUUUUUUCUCUCUCCAGAACAUGCAUUUAGAGGGCAAACCAACAACAAUGUCUGUUGUUUUCUUUAGGCGUCAUCUAGGCUGGUCCCGUUUUGUUUUAUUUUUCUUACCAGGUCUAUGUGAAUUACCCAAUGGUAAUGACCAUGGCUAGUAAAAGUGUUGCGUUGAUUUGUUUGCCACAUUUCAUUGUUGCACUUUAAAACGGAUCAACAGUAUCCCAGCGAUUAUGGUGCAGUUUACUGAGAGUGAUGUAGAUCAUGAUUUGUUUUUUGCCUCCUACUUAUAGCAAUGAAAUUAAGAGAUCAUUUUGGGAGGCAUACAUGUUCUGUAUUCAUAUAUAAAACUAUCUUUUGUUAUCCCUACGGACUUGUACUGUUUCAUGUUAAAUGGCAGCUGUUUCCAUAACUGUGUCCUACUGUAAACGCUCAAGAUCCAAUUAAUAAAUGCAAAACCUUGCUUUUAUGCAGAAGAUCCAAUUGCGGACUAGAGCACAGUUUUUAACACAGAUUAUGACCGGAGCAGAGUGACCUUGUUGUUUUUUGGUGUUUUUGAUUUAUUUAUUUUUUCUAAACUUUUUACAAUCAGUUAUGUGUGCCACUGGCACUGCUGAUAUCUCUGCUCCAUUUCAUUCAUGUUCUCCUUCAACCUGCAAUCGCAGCAGCUGUUGUCCUGCAGCAGGGAGCUGACUUAGCAGACUGCCUAUUUUAACAUUUGUGGCAUGGGGAGGCUAGCAUUCCUGUCCAAGAUUCAGCUGUGCCGUUAACACUUGAGUGUCGAAAGACACAAGGACUCGAUUGUCGAACCCACUGCGCUCAGACACCCUCCGAAAAUGUAAUUGCAUCAACAAGGCUGUAGCAAACCUGCUUUCUUAACUGUUCUGACUGUAUCAUCCUUAGCAAGGGAAGUAGAGCAACCCUCUAAGACUUUUCUAAAGUUUUUGUUGCUGACAUGUUCAGAGAUUUUUCAGACAGCAUUUGUUAUUAAAAUUAAUGCUGGUCAGCCGUUAAAGCACUCAAGUUCAAUUGGCUAGUAGAGAAAAAGCACUGUGUUUGGAAGAAGCAAGCCAAAUAAAAGUGUGACAAAGCACCAGCAGCUGUUGGCAAGAUAAUCCUUCAGCUGUGCUGUUUGUUUUUGUUUUUGUUUUUUUGCUCCCAACCCACCCUUACAGUUUAUUUCAAGUUCAAAAAAAGGAAAUCAUUCUGAUUAUUGUGAUCAUUCUGUGGACCUGUGACUUCUCUGUGGUCAUCAUACUGUAUGUAAACUGAACUAAUGAUAGUUUUCUUGGUCUGUGUGAAUGUUAUGUUGCUAGAAUAAUCCGACUAAUCAGUAUAGUUCAGAUGAGGGUCUUACUAUGGGUAUAAACAGGCAUUCCACUAAUUACACUUGUAUGCACUACAAAAAAAGCUAUGUAGUAGAUAGGAAGUGCUGCAAAAUCAUGAAAAAAAAAUUAUUUUUUACUAAUUUAUUGUCACAGAGAAAGUAAUGCCAGGAAGCAAUAUACGUACACAGGGACGGGUUUAUGGCUAUAUAUCCUGCUACAGCGGGUUGAUUUGUCUUCCUGGGUUUCAAAGUUGGGGAAUGUGCAAGUUCAAUAGGCUGGUUCCAUAUGUUUCAUAAAUCCUUUAAUUUUUCUUUAAAAAUUCUCUUUUUCUUUUUUAAAUUAAAAACACACCAGUGUCGUUUUGAUUGAUGUUAACUGUGUUGCUGUUCCAAGUAAUUCUCCAGAGUUCAGUGAUUACUUGAUGGACUGUUUUGGACAUGCAAGUGUGAACCAAGCUUGUAAUGGAACAUUUCUUCACAAGUCAAAGGAAUAGUUAUUUUUCAAUUAAUAUGUUUCUGGCAGAUAUGUUAAGGUCAACACCAAGCCCAUAUAUGGUUUCUACUCAGGUUUUAGGUAUCCUCAGUUUCUGUGUGCCCCCGUCACGUACAUACCUCCUGUUAAGAUUAAGUGGUUAGGAGGCAGGCUAGAUACAUUUUCCUAUAACAGGAACUCUAAUGAGGUGAACACUCCAGUCCUGCUGGUGCUUGACUAUCCUGUAACCUCGUAUUGCCUCCAACAGACCACAGACUGGGUGGCCAUCCAUUUCUCUAUGGGUGCUCACUUUUUCAAGUGGAGAUUUACAAGUCUAUAUUUAGAAAAUUCUAUGUAUGUUUGUACCGAAAUAAAGAAAAUUAUCAUUGAUGGUAAAUUA